CUCUCACAGAUUCAAACAUGUGAGGAUCAUCCAUAUACCGUUAUUUUGUGAUGUUUUCAGGAGUAGGUGCAGGGUUUGGCGUCUUAGUCCUAGUAGGUGGAAUUUGGUUGCUGAGAAAAUUUCUUAAGAAGAGAAGGAUAACUCGGAGGAAAAGAAUGUUCUUCAAACGUAACAGCGGGCUAUUGUUACAACAACAAUUAGAAACAAGAGAUGGCAACGUCGAGAAGAAAAGAAUAUUCAGCUCAAGAGAGCUUGAAAAAGCCACAGAAAACUUCAGCGACAACAGGAUACUUGGACAGGGAGGUCAAGGCACUGUGUACAAAGGAAUGUUGGCAGAUGGUCGGACGGUUGCUGUCAAGAAAUCCAAAGUUGUAGAUGAAGAUAACCUAGAGGAGUUCAUCAACGAGGUCGUCAUUCUAACCCAGGUCAACCAUAGACAUGUCGUCAAGCUCCUGGGAUGUUGCCUAGAGACGGAAGUUCCUGUUCUGGUUUAUGAGUUUAUCCCCAAUGGUAACCUUUUCCAACACAUACAUGAAGAGUCUGAUGAUUACACAAUGAUAUGGGGAGUGCGCCUACGCAUUGCUGUAGAUAUCGCAGGAGCUCUUUCCUAUUUGCACUCUGCUGCGUGCUCUCCUAUUUAUCAUCGAGAUGUCAAGUCAACAAAUAUAUUAUUGGACGAGAAAUAUUUAGCCAAGGUGUCUGAUUUUGGUACUUCAAGAACAGUAACAGUGGAUCAUACACACUGGACAACUGUUAUUUCAGGUACAGUUGGAUAUGUGGAUCCAGAGUACUACGGAUCUAGCCAAUAUACUGAUAAAAGUGAUGUUUAUAGCUUUGGUGUUAUCCUUGUUGAGCUAAUCACAGGGGAGAAGCCUGUGAUAACCCUACCGGAUUCUCAGGAAAUAAGAGGCUUGGCUGAUCAUUUCAGAGCUGCCAUGAAAGAAAAUAAAUUCUUCGAUAUUAUUGAUGCUCGUAUAAGAGAUGUGUGCAAACCGGAACAAGUAAUGGCAGUGGCAAACCUCGCAAGGAAAUGUUUGAACUCCAAGGGGUAAGAUUUAUAGACAUCUUGAAUAAUAAAUGAGAUUAGAAAGAGAUUUGAGAGGAUUAUUAAAGAGAUUAGAGAUUAGAGAUUGGAGAUUAAUGAGAUUUGGAAAUGAGAUUAAAGGCUAGAAAGAGAAUUCAAAGAUGACCAGAGACUUUUUAUUAUCUUGCUUAAAUCUUAAUGAAGAGAUUAUAAAGUUUAUAUAGAGAGGAUACAAGGGUUUUAAGAGCUUGAGAAAGGCUGUCAUGGGCUUCUUCCUUUCUGGGCCGAGUACUAUAGCAACAGUCUCAAGUCUGGUGCCUAACUUCUCAAGUCUGGUGCCUUAGCAACAGUCUCAAGUCUGGUGCCUAACUUCUCAAGUCUGGUGCCUUUGAUAUCCUUCUUUCAUAUAGCUUGAUCUCUUCAUCUCAACACUCCCCCUCAAGCUUGACCAUG